AUGCUGGGGACUUCAAGAUCGGCCCAGUGCCUCGUGCGCGCCGCGCGCAAGCCGCAGCUUUUCCAGGCCUCCAAGCAGGCUUCGCGAACAUUCGCUACCGUCCAGUCCGACAUCUUCAAGCCUACAAAGUAUGGGGGCAAGUACACCGUCACCCUCAUCCCUGGUGACGGUAUCGGUGCCGAGGUGGCCGAGAGCGUCAAGACCAUCUUCAAGGCGGACAACGUUCCCAUUGAGUGGGAGCAGGUCGAGGUUUCGGGUAUCGCAGACAGCGCCGCCCCCUCGGGCCGCACCGAGGACCUCUUCAAGGAGUCGGUCGCAUCGCUGCGCCGCAACAAGCUCGGUCUCAAGGGUAUCCUCCACACGCCCAUCAGCAGGUCCGGCCACCAGAGCUUCAACGUCGCCAUGCGUCAGGAGCUCGACAUCUACGCCUCCAUCUCCCUGAUCAAGAACAUCCCCGGCUAUGAGACAAGGCACAAGGACGUCGACCUGUGCAUCAUUCGUGAGAACACCGAGGGUGAAUACAGUGGCCUGGAGCACCAGUCCGUCCCGGGUGUUGUCGAGUCGCUCAAGAUCAUCACGCGUGCCAAGUCUGAGCGCAUUUCCAAGUUUGCCUUCAGCUUUGCCCUUGCCAACAACCGCAAGAAGGUGACCUGCAUUCACAAGGCCAACAUCAUGAAGCUUGCCGACGGUCUUUUCCGCAGCACCUUCCACGCCACUGCCAAGGAGUACCCGACACUUGAGGCCAACGACAUGAUUGUAGACAACGCCAGCAUGCAGUGUGUCAGCCGCCCGCAGCAGUUCGAUGUCCUGGUCAUGCCCAACCUCUACGGUGGUAUCCUGUCCAACAUCGGCGCCGCCCUGGUCGGUGGCCCCGGUAUUGUGCCCGGCUGCAACAUGGGCCGUGACGUCGCCGUCUUCGAGCCUGGCUGCCGUCACGUCGGUCUUGACAUCAAGGGCAAGGACCAGGCUAACCCCACUGCCCUGAUCCUGUCGGGAUCCAUGCUCCUGCGCCACUUGGGUCUCGACGACCACGCCAACCGCAUCAGCAAGGCCGUCUACGCCGUUAUUGCUGAGGGCAAGACCCGGACACGUGACAUGGGCGGCGAGGCCACCACCAACCAGUUCACCAAGGCCAUCUUGGACAAGAUGGAGACUUUCUAA